AUGCAUGGUUCACCCACAUCUUCGCAUCUUCGCGUCUUCGCAUCUUCCAACUCACUGCAGGUGACAUACCAACUUUCAAUGGCUUCACCGGCCCCAUCCGGGAUGGCAACACAAAGGCCGUGGUUUUUUCGGUUUCCCCCUGAAAUGAUUUCAUUGAUUGUGUCCUUCUUGCCGAACAAAGAUGUCAAGUCCUUGCGCUUGACAUGCAAAGCCCUCGGCGAGAUAACGCCAUUCUCCUCAUCACGCGUGUUUCUGUCGGCCAAUUCAUUGAACAUCCAAGUUUUUCGUGCUGUAGCGGACCAUCCAAAAUUUCGCCAAGAGAUCACGGAGAUCAUCUGGGACGACGCACGUUUUGUCUCCGCGCCAUUGAUAUGGGAGAAUGUGCAUCCAACAAUCGACCCCCAAAGCAUAGAUGCACAAAUUCCUUUAAAAGCCUGUUGGGAGUAUUACUUGCAAAUCUUGAAUGAUCAGACAACUGUGAUCGAAUCUCAAGACGACGAAAAAGCCUUUCUUUACGGCUUAGAGCGAUUCCCACGUCUAAAAAGAGUGACCGUUACGCCUGCGGCUCACGGCUGGCUUUUUACUCCGCUAUACGAGACACCUAUGAUCCGAGCAUUUCCAUACGGGUUUAACUACCUAAUUCCGCGAGGAUGGCACUUUGAUCAAACCGAGGGUCAAGUUAUCGAGCCGUUACUGUGGUCAGAGGUAACCGAGGAAUAUAAGGAGCUAUGGAGAGGGGCUCGAAUCGCUCUUCGUGUUUUGUCACAGGUUAAGAAGCAUAAUUUUUCUGAGCUAAGCUUCGAUUCAAAGCAACUCCACACCGGAAUAAACUUUCGGAUCUUUGACCAGCCGUGUGAAGAAUAUAAUCAUUUUGCGGCUAUCAUAAAACGUCCAGGCUUUCGGCGCCUUCAUCUAUCUUUGCUUACUAGUAGUAGUGGUUACUGGGCGGGAUUCCAAAGCGGAUACUUUCAUCAGGCUGUUAGCCUGGCUAGAGAAUUAACCGAUAUCUAUUUAUCGACUACAUUCAAUCUUGGAUCUCUAUCUUCACUAGGGGAUCCACCUAUUCCCCUAAAGGAGGUUCUCCCUAUUAAGGAAUGGCCAAAUCUAUGCAAUUUAGCGCUUUCUCGUUUUAGCGUGGAUACGUCGGAGUUAAUGGACAUACUUAAAUUGCUACCAUCCUCAUUACGGUCCAUUGAAUUGGAAUUUAUCGAGUUCCCUUUCGAUGAAUCCUGUUUGAUUGGGCUCUUGGAGAGGAUGCGGGAGGAACUGAAUUGGGCCGAGAGAGAUCAACUAAAACCGACUGUCACAAUCGCUAUGGAAGGCCAUCGCAGGUGA